CCUUUUCCCCUAGGCUUCACCUCUCUAACUAUCUUCGGAUUUCCAAUCCCGGCCAAGCCCAUCUUGAAGUACAGAUAUCAGUGUCGUGAUUUUGAUGUUUUGUUGGUUGUGUGGAAGGCCAUGGUACUCCUGCAGUUUCCGUCAAUGAGAUCUUCGUCGGUAAGAUCCAAGCCUUAGACGUCAUCGCGGACUUUUGUUCUCCCAACAUCUCACCCAACCAGACCUGAAGAUUAAUGCAAAUGGCUUGGCAAUUCUGGUAGAUUGAUGCCUGCUGGGCCAACCCGCUCCCCAUGAGAUAUAUCAUCCGUUGAGCCAGUUCUGCCAGUUCCUGCCCUUCUCGGGUGUCGCCAGCCCCUGCACCUCAAUAUUUGGAGACCUCCAGGGCCCGCCUACCCCAGACAUUACCAUGUUGGGUACUCUGCCAAACGAGCUCAUCGCGCAGAUCGUCAAUUAUUUGGAUCACAAACCAGACCUUUGUGCGCUGCACUCGGCCAGCCGCCGUCUCCAUGCUGUGUCGUGGCCCGCAUUUGGAGCUUGUUGCUUCAGCACUGUCCGAACAGAUCUGUCUAAAGACAGCAUGAUCAAGCUUGAGGGCAUCGCAAACCACCAACAGCUUCGCCAUUUUGUACGGGAUUUACACAUAUUAUGGGUAUUUAGGGAUCAACCGCUUGGCCGAGGCAACUUCUGGCCUCGAGACAACGCCGGCCGCGUUCAGUUCGAUUCACCUAGCGUCAUUGCUUUGAACGACCUGUUGGUGAACAAACUCAUCAAUUGCAGAUCCUUCCAUGUCGAAAACUACGUUGGGGCUAUACAUACUACCGAUAUACAACACCCCGAGUGGGGACUCUCCAAUCUGUCUCCAUCAGAUGCAGUGGCUGUCCUGUUCUCCAUCAUCGCUCGAGCUCAGCUCCCAGUUGAAGCAUUCCGCAUCAAUCUGAAGGAGAACCUUGCUUCUUACCGCUUACCACCAAGUGGACCCCAAGAAGAGUCUUUCCGCAAUGCUUGGGCGUCCCAUCUACAGCAGUUACACCUGUCCUGGCUAUUACGGCGCGACGAUGCCUUCCAACGGGCUCUCGACUUGGUUACGACGGCCACCUGCCUCAAAAAGCUAUGCCUUCAAUGGCCAGAACUCAGCUCAUCUAUGACGACAGCGCCGUCUGGUCUUCUGCAAGGUUUCCUCGCAGCGGAGAACCUCCCCCGACUUACUCAUUUCAAACUCAUGGCACCGCAGGAUAUGUCGCGGAUAACAAUCUCGGAGCUUCUUUUCCGUCUGAAAGACAGCCUCGUCUUUCUGCAUUUCGUCCACGUUGGUCUGAGGUCCGGGACCUGGAAAGAAAUCUUAAGCGACCUUCAUGGUAACUUCCCUCGUCUGGAGUACUUGACGAUCCAUAAUUGCCUCGAGGGCUUGCAGCGAAAAGGGGUCUUCUUCUGUCCCUUUCUAGAGCACCCGGUGAUGCCGGCACUGGGCGGGUUCGAGUUAGUGCAGUUAAGGUACGGAGAAUGGGAGGGCGUGUCGGGCGUUCGAUAUGUAGGCAAAGAUAUGGAUUCUGCUUUGGAUCUAAUGGGUAUCUCCAUUUAUGGUACUGGUGGCCAUCCCAUUGGCAGACGUGCUGCAAAUGGAGUUAUGCACCCGCGGGUGAAGACCAGAUUUGAACUUAGCGAUGAGGAUCUUUUCUAGGGUGUCCAUACCUACCAAUUGACUUUCAGACAUUGGGGGGAAUUGUUUAGGUACAUAGCGCCUCUUCCGCCCGGUGUGAGUUGAUGGUCGAGCGAGAGCAUUGUUCAUCGAAAACACUUGGUGGUCUGCUAAUCAAUGGACUAAACAGUGACGAAGGAUGAAAAGUAACUGCACCCCAAACUAACGGACUUUUUGUGUUUAAUUCAUAGUUUCUAGCAUAUUGAGUGUGUAGUGAGUGGAUAGGUUAAGCUACAGAAC